CGGCGGCGGCGAUGGACCCGCCCGAGCCGGUGGGACCUGUCGGAGCGGCCGGUCGCGGCCACCUGUGAGCAGCCUCAGCCCCUCGCCGCGCCGCACCCCGGUAGUCGCCGCCACGCCUCUCUCGCCGCCCGAGGGACCCGACGGCCCCACGGGGAGCCGGAGAGCCGUCUAAGCCGGCGCCCCCUCGACGCAUCUCGGCAUCCCGGGCCGUCUCGCACUGCAUCCUCCCGCGGAGCGCGUCCCUCGGCGGAACGAGGGGAGGAGGGGCGGGAGCCGGCGGCGCCUCUGCGCGAGUGGGAGCAACAGCGUGAGCAGCGGCAGCCUGCGCCCUGGAGCGAGCUCCCGAAGGAUGGGCAAGGAGGCGGCGGCGGCAGCGCCCGCGCAGAUGGGCCAGCGGAGGAUGAAUUAGGAGCCACAGGAGGCUGCUGCCGGCACCGCGGGGGGAAGAGGAGAGGAAGGGGCUGGACUUGGAAGAGGAGGAGAAGGAGGAGGAGGGUGCGCAGGGGGGACUGAGUAUCGCUAAUAACAAGUUAAAGACUAAUAACAAUAAUAAGAGAAGACCUCCGAGAAGAUCCGCGGCGGAGGCCGAGUGAUCCCCGCGGCGGCAGCGGGCUCGCAGCGCUGGGGAUCUCGGAGAGACGCUCGGCGGCAUCUGCGUGUGGCGACUCGUCCUCCUCCCCCGUCAAUGUGCCCAAGAUGGAUGCGCUCAUCAUCCCGGUGACCAUGGAGGUGCCCUGCGAUAGCCGCGGACAGCGCAUGUGGUGGGCUUUCCUCGCCUCAUCCAUGGUCACUUUCUUUGGGGGACUGUUUAUCAUCCUGCUGUGGAGGACCCUCAAGUACCUGUGGACUGUCUGCUGCCACUGCGGGGUCAAAAACAAGGAGGCCCAGAAGAUCAAUGGUGGUGGAGAUACACAGGCAGAUGGGGCCUGCAAACCAACAGAUGAAAAAGAGGAGAACGUGGCAGCAGAAGUGGGAUGGAUGACCUCUGUGAAAGACUGGGCAGGAGUCAUGAUUUCUGCCCAGACAUUAACUGGCAGAGUACUUGUUGUCUUAGUCUUCGCUCUUAGUAUUGGUGCUCUUGUAAUAUACUUCAUAGAUUCAUCAAAGAGCCGUACUGCAGACUCAUUGAUCCCAAUAGAAUCCUGCCAGAAUUUCUACAAAGAUUUCACAUUACAGAUUGACAUGGCUUUCAAUGUGUUCUUCCUUCUCUACUUUGGCUUGCGUUUCAUAGCAGCCAAUGACAAGCUAUGGUUUUGGCUAGAAGUUAACUCAGUAGUAGAUUUCUUCACGGUCCCUCCAGUGUUUGUUUCAGUAUAUUUAAACAGAAGUUGGCUUGGUUUAAGAUUUUUAAGAGCCCUUAGACUGAUACAGUUUUCAGAAAUAUUGCAGUUUCUGAAUAUCCUUAAAACAAGUAAUUCCAUCAAGCUAGUGAAUCUGUGCUCUAUAUUUAUCAGCACAUGGCUGACAGCAGCUGGGUUCAUACAUUUGGUGGAGAACUCAGGGGAUCCUUGGGAAAAUUUCCAAAAUAAUCAACAGUUAACCUAUUGGGAAUGUGUUUAUUUACUGAUGGUUACAAUGUCCACUGUUGGUUAUGGAGAUGUUUAUGCAAAAACAACCCUUGGUCGCCUUUUCAUGGUCUUCUUCAUCCUUGGGGGAUUGGCCAUGUUUGCCAGCUACGUCCCUGAAAUCAUAGAGUUAAUAGGAAACCGCAAGAAAUAUGGUGGUUCCUAUAGUGCGGUUAGUGGAAGAAAGCACAUAGUUGUCUGUGGUCACAUAACACUUGAAAGCGUGUCCAACUUCCUGAAGGACUUCCUGCACAAGGAUAGGGACGAUGUCAACGUAGAAAUCGUCUUUCUGCAUAAUAUCUCCCCUAACCUUGAGCUGGAAGCUCUUUUUAAACGACACUUCACUCAGGUGGAAUUUUAUCAGGGUUCAGUCCUUAAUCCCCAUGACCUGGCAAGAGUAAAGAUAGAGUCAGCAGAUGCGUGCCUAAUUCUUGCCAAUAAAUACUGCGCUGACCCAGAUGCUGAGGAUGCAUCCAAUAUUAUGAGAGUUAUUUCAAUAAAGAAUUAUCAUCCGAAGAUAAGAAUUAUCACUCAGAUGCUACAGUAUCACAAUAAGGCUCAUCUAUUAAAUAUUCCAAGCUGGAACUGGAAAGAAGGGGAUGAUGCAAUCUGUCUCGCUGAGCUCAAGCUGGGUUUCAUAGCUCAGAGUUGCCUGGCACCAGGCCUUUCAACAAUGUUAGCCAACCUCUUUUCCAUGAGAUCAUUCAUAAAGAUUGAGGAGGAUACGUGGCAGAAAUAUUAUCUGGAAGGAGUUGCAAAUGAAAUGUAUACAGAAUAUCUGUCUAGUGCCUUUGUGGGUUUGUCGUUCCCUGCAGUUUGUGAACUGGUGUUUGCGAAACUAAAGCUCUUAAUGAUAGCCAUAGAAUACAAGUCGGAAAAAAGAGAAAGCAGAAGCCGAAAGCGUAUAUUAAUCAAUCCUGGAAACCAUGUCAAGAUUCAAGAAGGUACCUUAGGAUUCUUCAUUGCAAGUGAUGCCAAAGAAGUAAAAAGAGCAUUUUUUUACUGCAAGGCCUGCCAUGAUGACAUCACAGAUCCCAAAAGGAUAAAAAAGUGUGGCUGCAAACGGCUGAUCUAUUCCAAGAUGUCCAUCUACAAGAGAAUGAAACUGGCAUGUUGUUUUGAUUGCGGACGCUCUGAGCGUGACUGCUCUUGCAUGUCAGGCAGUGUACAUAGUAACAUGGACACCCUUGAGAGAGCCUUCCCACUUUCUUCUGUCUCUGUUAAUGAUUGCUCCACCAGUUUACGUGCCUUUGAAGAUGAGCAGCCGUCAACACUAUCACCCAAAAAAAAGCAACGAAAUGGAGGCAUGCGAAAUUCACCCAACUCCUCACCCAAACUGAUGAGGCAUGACCCCUUGUUAAUUCCUGGCAAUGAACAGAUUGACAAUAUGGAUGCCAAUGUGAAAAAAUAUGACUCUACAGGAAUGUUUCAUUGGUGUCCAGCCAAGGAUAUUGAAAAGGUCAUUUUGACGCGAAGUGAAGCAGCGAUGACAGUUUUAAGUGGGCAUGUAGUCGUUUGCAUAUUUGGGGAUGUUAAAUCUGCUUUAAUUGGAUUAAGAAAUUUAGUGAUGCCACUACGAGCCAGCAACUUUCACUACCAUGAACUCAAGCACAUUGUGUUUGUGGGUUCACUUGAAUACCUGAGAAGGGAAUGGGAGACACUGCAUAACUUCCCCAAGGUUUCAAUCUUGCCUGGUACGCCAUUAAGUCGGGCUGAUUUAAGGGCUGUCAACAUCAACCUCUGCGACAUGUGCGUUAUCCUGUCAGCCAAUCAGAAUAAUAUUGAUGAUGCUUCGCUGCAGGACAAGGAAUGCAUCUUGGCGUCACUCAACAUCAAAUCUAUGCAGUUUGAUGACAGCAUUGGGGUCUUGCAGGCUAAUUCCCAAGGCUUUACACCCCCUGGUAUGGAUAGGUCAUCUCCAGACAACAGUCCUGUCCACGGCCUGUUACGUCAACCCUCCAUUACAACAGGAGCCAACAUCCCUAUUAUAACAGAACUAGCUAAGCCUGGCAAACUUCUGCCUUUGGUUUCAAUCAGUCAGGAAAAAAACAGUGGAACCCACAUUCUAAUGAUAACUGAACUGGUAAAUGAUUCAAAUGUUCAGUUCUUGGACCAAGAUGAUGAUGAUGACCCAGACACAGAACUGUACCUCACGCAGCCCUUUGCAUGUGGAACCGCAUUUGCUGUCAGCGUGCUGGACUCUCUCAUGAGCGCAACAUACUUCAAUGACAAUAUCCUCACACUGAUACGGACAUUGGUAACAGGAGGAGCCACACCAGAGCUGGAAGCACUGAUUGCUGAGGAAAAUGCUUUGAGAGGAGGUUACAGCACGCCCCAGACACUUGCAAACAGGGACAGGUGUCGAGUUGCUCAGUUGGCUUUGUAUGAUGGGCCAUUUGCAGACCUAGGGGAUGGAGGCUGUUACGGAGAUUUAUUCUGUAAAGCACUGAAAACUUACAAUAUGCUUUGCUUUGGAAUUUAUCGAUUAAGGGAUGCUCAUCUAAGUACUCCCAGCCAAUGCACCAAACGUUAUGUUAUCACAAACCCACCAUAUGAGUUUGAGCUUGUGCCGACAGACUUGAUCUUCUGUUUGAUGCAAUUCGACCACAACGCUGGCCAGUCCCGGGCCAGUCUUUCUCAUUCCUCCCAUUCUUCCUAUUCAUCCAGCAAGAAGAGCUCCUCAGUUCACUCCAUCCCAUCAACAGCAAACCGACCGAACCGCACCAAGACGAGGGAUUCCCGGGAAAAACAGAAUGCAACAAGGAUGAAUAGAAUGGGCCAAGCAGAAAAGAAAUGGUUUACAGAUGAGCCGGAUAAUGCCUAUCCCAGAAACAUUCAAAUCAAGCCCAUGAGCACCCACAUGGCCAAUCAGAUCAAUCAGUACAAAUCAACAAGCAGCUUGAUACCACCAAUCAGAGAAGUUGAAGAUGAAUGUUGACUCCUUCGAGGCCAGAACUAUUUUUUAAAGCCUGACAAACUUCAUGAAUGGUGAUGUGACAUUUAUUCCUCUUACAUGCUGAACCACUGAUGGAGAAGUUACGAAGGGCAAGUGUAAUGGAAAAAUAAAGUAGACAGAACUUUGUUUGUCUGCCUUUAAUAUUGCUUCCACAUAUUUUGGAAACUAUUUCAUUUAUAAAUGAACAUAAUCAGAGAUAGUAAUGUAUAUCCUCUAGCAUUUUAAAUUAUUUUUAUUUAUUAGAAAAAAUAUUUUUUUUCUUUUUUUUUUCCAUUGUUGAGUAUUUUCCCUUAAAAAAUCUACAAACAUGGCCAGACUCCUAAGAAAUAUUAGAAAAACCACCACACCUCAGUCUUUGGCUUAGAGGAGAAUGAUGGUCACAGUAAUAAGGACACACAUAUAAUUAAGGGAGACAAAAGAUAGAUUUAAAAAUAAAUAAAGGUCCAACUUGUAUUUUAGUAAAUCAAAAAAAAAAAAAAAAAAAAGCAGAAAAUAAUAGUUCACCAACUUGUUUCUUUACUGGAGGAUGUGUAUUUUGUUCAGCAUUGACACCAGCUCUUAAUAAACUGAAUUUAUUUAUUUUAAAAGUUGAAAGUCAUAUUUUUGUAUGUGUAACAUUCUGUUGAGAUGUCCUUUGUUUUAUUACCAUAAAUGACUCACCAACAUGGCCAUGGUCAGGUCCAGCCACCCCACACUGAGCAAUCCCUGCAGAAGUCCUGCGUCCUCUAUGACACUAAGCAUAGCAAACACCACCCUGAGCCAGGGACAUGGCAAGGUGCUCCCAGGCAGCACUAGUUAUAAAUGGCAAACCUGGCAAUUCUGUGCUGCCUGUCGGCCAUCAGCUGUUAGUAAUUCCAGGCAGUUCCUUUUCUUUUGUCACCUAUUACAGUGUUUUAAGGCAGGGUGCAUAAGCAGUGCAUGAAUUCAUAAAUCAUAUGCUUUCUCAGCUAUCAUAUUUUGUUGUUUUCUUACUUCAAAAGUGCUGAUGGUCCCAUAUCUGUCUUGCUUAUCUGACUUAAAUGCCUCCUGAUCAGCCAUGAUCUUUAUCUCCAGACCUUUCGUGAUAGCACACAUCUCAGUGGGAUGCACACUGAGGUUCCUUUGAUAAGUUCAGGUCAAAUUAAAAACAUCUGGCUUAGCUUUAGUUUCACAACCUCUCAACAUAAUGUUAUCAGUUGACUCUUGUACCAAGCAACAUCAUAUUUUAACAUGUUUUCCCCUCCUUUAUUUUGUUCUUUCAUUUUACUUUGCUGGGAUACCAGAUAUAAAAGUACAGAAAUAACCAAAUCGAAGUAAAAGUAAUGAAUGUAUCUAUAAUGUUAACUUGCAAAAGGCCUUUGACAGGUGCCUUUUGUGUCAGCAGUUUCACAGAGUUGCCAACAAGCUUUAUAGCCAUCGAAGAUGUGAUGUUUCAUAUCUGUGUUGCAGUAUCUAUUCACCCAAGCAUUUGAUGUUCUAAAUGAUUCAGUAAUGCUCUCUAUAUCUCAGAUUAGCAACAUCUGACACAACUGUGUGAAUAAUAAAAAAUAAAAAGUUUUUUUAAAAGGCUGUGCUACUGAGGAUUAAAACAAAAUCCUAGGACCCAAUCAUCAGGAAAAGCAAAUUUUCAUUGUUCAAGUCAACUUGAGGCUUUGUAAUUUUGCAGAACUGUGAAAUACCACAAUAAAACACACCAUGGUAUUUUUUAUCAUUAGAGAAGUAUCGGUGAAUCAAACAAAUAAAAAGCAGAUGAUACUAAUUUAUUGUGAAAACAAUUAUGUCCACUAUAUAAUCCAACAUUUAAGCUAGACUAUCUCAGCUUCAAUGUUUGUCCACUGGCUGCGGUACAAAUAUAGCCACACUACCACCUAACAGGCUUUAUUCUGGAGUGACUUCUUGAACUGUGAUUAUGUUGUCGUUACAUUUUGUAGCUAGUUAUCUGAACACAAAUAACAGAAAUUGUUAUACAGUAUAUGUUAAAUUGGAUUGUUUAGGAUAUUUCACUCUCCUGCAAAGAAACAAAACAAUUUAAGCAUCCAAUUAUUUAGACCAUGGUUAUCAUAUUUCACAUUCCCAAAACAAAAGACAAUUCUUGUGAGUUCUUCCAAUCUAUGCCACUUGAGCUGUUAACAUGCUAUAAUUUGCAUCCAAUUUCUGUGUUGGGUCACGUUAAGCCUUUACUUUGAAGUCAGUGCUCCUUUUUCGUUUAUGAACUGCAUUCAUAUUAAACACUAAAAAAAGCUGGUCCUCCAUACAGGAGAAUUUCUAAAAUUUAUGUUUGGCUUCCACAUCUGUAUACAAAUUAUCUUUUUUAGAAGACUGUUGUUUAAUUGUAUGUAUACUUUAUCACAGAUGGUGCCAUUUCUGGAUAUCCUUCCUUCAGAAGUGAGUACUCAAAUUAUAAAAUGCACUAAUGAAUCAAACACAACUGUCCUAGAUCACUAAGGUUUGUGUGUCUGUCCAGUUUAACUGUCAUAUGUCAAAAUGCCAUGCUGCCAUCUGUACACAACUAAAGGACAAGCUCUGAUCACUCUAUAUGUAAAGGUAGGAAGAUAGAUCAAUAAACAAAGAGCAAGAAACAGAGAAACACAGGCACAAGUACUCUUUUUGCACUUCCCAUUUUAGAAAAUCUAAGAGUAAUCAUUGAUCUUUACUUUCUCCUCUUCUUGGUGAUCACAGACUCGGGACUGGAUUCUGGGAAUUAGGUGGAGGAAUUAGUAGGAAGCCCAGUGGAAAUCUUUUGCUUAGAGCCAUUAAACAUCACAACAAAGUCAGCACCAGUGCUUGGAAAUAUUGUAUUAGAUCAAGGCAAGUGGCUGGGAAAGUGGCCUAAGUGAUAGGUGACAAGAAACAUGACUGAUAGAGAAAUAAAUUUUUGAGCCUCUUAAAUAUUUCUUACCUUCUGUCAAACAAGAAGAGAAAAAAAUGCAUUUUAACUUUCUCAUUAAUUGCAUGCAUGAUCAAUCCAGGCUAGACAAUUUUUCGUAAAUCAGGUAUUGGCUUGUGUGUGCACAUGUGAGCGUGUGUCUGCAUAUGUACUUAAAUAUAUGUGUUGACAUAUAUAUCCAAGUAUGUACACACAUUUGGGGUUUGUUUUAGCCUUUGAUACCAACCAGAAUUGUCAUGAGAAGCAUGGUAUUAUAUUUUAUGGAGGGGUGAGGUGAAGACAUACGCAAAGUAAAAGGAAUUAUGUUAUUUAUGGGCUACCACGUGGAGAGAUUGUACCGACCAGUCUUGCCUGGUUUGAGCAAAGAGAAGCUGUAUGUUGUUUGCUGGCAUUGCAGUGGCAGCACACUGCUGGCCCUUCCUCACACAUGCACAUGCUUACCUGCUUGCAUAUGGCCUGCAAACCUACAGGACUCUGUCUAGUAUCUGGUGUUUUAAUUCAGCCCCCAAAGCUUUGGGCAAAGCACCAUGCACAUCCUCCAACAUCAAGCAUAGCAAACAUGAAUGUGAAAAAAAGAUGUUCAGAGCCUAAAUGUGAUGUUUAAGGCCCUGAUGUGACUGUUUUACUAUUGCUUGUAAGGUGAUGGGUACACAAUAUAUUUAUUGGGAAAAAAAAAAUUAAAAUAAAAAAAAAAAUUGCCUAUAGAAAAAUAUAGAGAAUUCAACUAUAGAAGAAAUUAUGCAACCAUUACCUCAAAUGUUACAAAAACUUUCCAAAAAUGUCGCCCGUGUGUUGACAGCUCUUGUUUUUUCAACUCAGCAGCUCAGGUCAAACAGCAGAAUGUGAAUGUGGCUCAAAAUACAAGCUUCUUUGUCCAGGGUAUGGUCAUGUACUACAUGUACAUGGACAAGGUCAUUGUUCUGCCAAUGAUACAAAAAGACUCUGCAAGCCUUGCUGGCCUGAAAGACAAGAGCAUGGCAGCAAGGAGUGAGAGUGUGUCAGUGAAAUCCAGGGCAUUCCUAGCUCAUAGCUAUUUCCUAUUUAUGUUUGAUGGGAAAAGAAGCAUUGCUUAAUCAAGGUGAAGGCCAUAGAAUUAAUGGUGAUGAAGUCCCUGUUCUGCUUUAUCAAGCCCCACAGAUUUCUUAAAACAUGUGCUGAGCAUUCAUGAGCACACAGGUGGCUGUAGUGCUGUAGUUAACCACACUAAAUAUCUUCCCACCCCCCCUUCCCCCCCUCCCCCUUUUUUUUUCUUUUUUAUUUAAAAUAAAAAUAAAUAAAAAAUAAAAAUUAAAACUUAAAAAAAAAAAAGCUACACAAUCACUAAAACAUGCAUGGGAAAAGGUGCAACUGUCACUGGCCAGACACAGAAAAGAGUAAAUGUGGUUUGCAUGUAAUACACAAUGAGACACUGCACCAAGAGCAUCUAAAGCUUUAUUACAGAUUGAUUUUUUUACAGAUUGAUGGAUGGGAAGGAGAGGUAGUUUCUAUUGGUGAGGUGUUUGUUUUUUUUUGUUGUUGUUGUUGUUGUUUUUGCAAGAGCAAGGGGUAUUGUCAUUUCUUGAAGUCCUUAUAGGGAAGGAGAAGGAAGGGAAAGUAUAAGAACGUGUUCUCAUUCACAGGGACUGUUUUUGUUGGGCUUUGUAUGUGUGUGCAUCUGUGGACAGUGUCUAGCCAGUACUGCAAUAACUGGAUGCAUAAACUAAUGCAUGAUAAGAGCAAUAACUGAAAAAUUAGGUAAUUCUGCAUGUCUGUUUUAACUAUCUGUUCAGUCACCAUUUAAUUCAUGAACUUGUAAACAACUUCCCUCUUAAAGCCUACUCGUGUGAACUCAGAAAGCAGAGCAAACACAUGGUCUCAACAUGAAGCAUGUUCAGAGUGGCUCUUGAAUAGUAAUGUAUUUGAAAUGAGCAAAUAACAAAGUUGAGAUGUGGUGGAUUUCAUUUUUUUGUUAUCAUUGUGAAAUUCUUCGGGAUCAAUAACGUUUGUGUGUUCCAACUUUCAUUUCAAGUUUAAAAUGUACUUAAACAAAGCAACUAAUUGUGUGAAAGGGGAAGAGCUGGACAAAGAGAAAAAACAAAUCCUUCCUCUUAAUUAUAGUGGUCUGGAAACAUCUGUCAGUGAUAAUAGCAGACACAUGAAAAACAAACAAACAAAAAAAACCAACCCAUGUCAGGUGAAAGGAGAGUUCUCGAUAUUCCUUCUUCUGUUCUACACUGCCACGUGAACCAUCAUUCUUGCCAACAUUUGAACAUAACUUUUAUUUUUUAUAAAUUCAAAAAGGUGAUUUAUCAAUCCCAGGCUUAACAAGAAUUUUAAAAAUUGUUAAUGCAUGCUUCAUUUCUAGGUCUUUUAAUAUCCAGAUAGAAGGCAUAAAAUCUGUAGAAUUGUUCUACUGAGCAAUAUUAGUAGGUAUGGGUACAGCCCACCUGAAAUGAAGAAAAGAACUGAGAUGUUCAGCUGUGGUCACUGUCCAGGAACAUACAUGGAUGGGCCUAUAGUGUAGACAAUUCUACCCCAGUAUUUAUCAAAGCUAUAUUUAUAUAACUAGUGCAGCUAUCCUACAGAUAGAUCUUCUCUACUAUAGAACAUAUGGCCACAUGGAAACUGUAGUCUGUGAUGUUCAGUAGCCUAUAUAACCAAGUAAGUUCCACUGAAAUCAAUAGAUAGGACUGCUGGUCUAAUGUCUCUGCUUUAUCUAAUGAUGUACUACUGUUAACUGUCAAAUGAGAAGGGAUGGGGUUGGGGGGAGAAAGAAAAUACAUAUUUUUAUCACUUUGACUCUAAUUAACAGCAAUGUUUAACUUAAGAAUCUAAAAAGAGUAAUGCUGUAUCUAAUUAGAGCCUCACUGAGGUUAAAAGAAAGCUUCUUACUGCUUCAAUCAAUGCAUUUUAGAGGAGAGCUUUAUAUCUUUAAAAAAAAACAAAACAAAAAAAAAACAAA